UGUGCAAUGGCAGCAUGGUGUGGAAAGUCAAUUUUGACUGGGAAAAGGCACAGAAGGAAGCUGAAAGCCAGAAGUCCUGUGAGAUUAUCAAAGCCCUUCAGAACAUUUCCGACUGCGAGACCAUCCAGGACAUCCUGAGAAUUAUGCAGCGUCCCAACGAUGCCCACGUGCACUGUGAAGUGAACCAGGAGACCCAAGUCGAGCUGCUGAUGUUCCUGAAGAAGAUGCUCCCGUUCUACCAGAAAAUCUUUCGGGAUACGAAGAAGGGCCACUCCACCAAAGCUUCUUCUCCCUAAAGGGUUGCAACUGAGACCAAGUCCCCCACCAGGGUCUUUGUGGGGGGCUGGGGAGAAACAGGGUCCAUGAAUACCUAUCAUGCAGCUCUCCUGUCAUUCACCAGUGCUCCCAUAUCACCCCAGGUGGAUCUGUUGUUCCCCGGGCAGAUUGAACCCUGCCCUGUGUACUGACCUAGUGGACUCGCUCUCAGCUAAUGCCACUCUCCAGUUGCCUUCUUCCUUUUUUCCACCACACCCUCUUGGCCUCUCCCCACUCUCUGACCUCCGUGCUUCCAGAGGCCCUCCUCGGCUAUCCUCAGACUACUCCCCUUCCUCUCCCCUCCACCCCCUCUGCCCCUCUACCGACCCUUCCCUCCCAUCGUGAUUUGGGACUAAUCGAUCCGAGAGGCCUUCAACCAAAAGAAACACGAACCACAGCCCUCGCUUCAGCGGACUCCCCAGGCCGACCGAUUCGGAUCUAGGAAGAGAGGCUCUGUGGGGAAAGUUCCCCCGGAUCUCUCCAGGCAGCUACGAGAGCAUUACGCAUCCCAGGGCUUCCCCGCCGACCCCGGCUCAGCUUGGGGCGGGCAGAGAUGGAGACCCACGCUCUGCCUUGAUUGAGAUGCAGACUGAGACACGGAGCAGAUGCUCGGCGCCAUUUCUACUUGGUCUUAUUUAUUAUCGUCUGUUAUUUAAAGCACACCUUUGUCUUCCUACCGAUCGAUAGCAUGGAUGGAUGGAUGGAUCGAACUAUUUGUCUGAGAUACUGUUGCAGAGAGGACUGGAAGAAGAGGCUUGGGCCCUCAGGGGAGUGGGGCGAUGAACCUGCACUCCCCUGGCCCAUCCUGUUCUGGGUAGCCUGCUACCUCAUCAGCCAACUCCGAGACAGAGUGGCUGAGCUGGAGCGGUGAGGAGGAGGAGAGCCAGGCCGGAGCAAGAACCCUGCCUCCAGAGCCCAAGGGAAAGAGAACAGACUUGGAAGUUAAGGGAGCCGGGUUCUAAUCCUGGCUCCGCCACU